GGUCGUCGCACCGCAGCAACCAAAAUAACUCGUAAACUGCAAGUAAUACGCGGACGACGGACGACGGACACCGACUCGGUAACGUCCGCCGUUUCCCUUCAGUUCCUUCUCCCUCCCUUCCUCUCCCGGGUAGGUCUCCUCUAACCACAAAUCUACGUCUCCGGCGCCGGUCAACCUCUGAUCGCUCUAAGAUUUGGGGAAAUCCUUUACGUGGAUUUCGAUCCUUCUGGCCCUGAUUCUUCUUUCUGGAAGUGAUAGAAACGAUAAAUUGCUCUCCAUGUUUUUCUUUUAUUGAUAGAUACCAGCACCUGCCACGAUGAGUUGGAUGCUUCCAUUUUUUGGGGGCAACCAACAGCAACAAGCCCAUUCAAAUUUGCAAGAAAUACCAACACAAUCUUGGUAUCCUUCAUCAGUUGUUAGUUCAUCUUCACGCCCCACUACUCCGGCCAGUUCCUCUGGUGUUGAUACCCAUCAUGCGCAACCUUCUCCUGCAGAAGCAGCUGGAGUAAUUGCUUGUUUGAAAGAGAAAAGUGUUGAUGAAUUGAGAAAGCUGUUAAAUGACAAGGAAGCAUAUAAUGCUUUGUUUAAUUCACUUGAGCAAGUUAAAAUUCAGAACAAUCUACGUGAUGAACUUCGGAAGGAAACCGUGCAACUUGCUAAGGAGAAUUUGGAGAAGGAACCUCAAAUCUUGGAGCUAAGAAACCAGUGCACAAUCAUUCGAACAACUGAGCUGGCUGCUGCCCAAGAAAAGUUAGCAGAACUGGAGACGCAGAAGGAAGAAGCUCUGAAGACCUAUUCGCCAUCAGUUCUCUUGGAAAAGUUGCAUGCCGCAAUGAUCGAAGUUGAAGAGGAAUCUGAGAUGCUACACAGGCAGCUUCUCGACAAGGAGAUUGACCUUGCCACUUUUGUACAGAAAUACAAGAAGCUUCGCAACACUUAUCACAGACGGGCACUCAUCCAUCUUGCUGCAAAGACAUCUGGUUUCUAAAUUCAACUUGUUCUUGCUAAGAUGCUGUCACGAGUACCACCGGGCAUAUUACAGUUCCGCUGCUUUUUUUCUUUUACCUUUUUGUUUCCUGUGGCGAGCUGAGGGCCAUCAUCUGUCUUCAUAGAACUGGCAGGUUCAUUAGUACCUCACUCAGCCGAAACCAUGGUUCACGCUGUGCAAACAAGUAGGGAGUAGGGUGUGUGCCAAGCUAUCGUUGUUAGGCGACAUAUGUAUGAGAUGCAUUCUCUUCACUUUAUAGUGUUGGUUAAAAAAAAAAGAGUCAGGUUGUUCAAAUCAUUAAAACGCAUGUUGCUUCACAUGUUCUUCA